AUGAAAGUCUUUGGAUUUAAUAUCCCUAAUAUCGCCGCCGCAGUCCGAAAUGUGUUCCAGCGACCGUCUCAUAAAGACUCAACAACAACUCUACCACGGCCUCCCAGCAUUGAGUGGCUUCUCAACCACCGCGAUAUCAGACGACCCCAGACCAGGGGAGACACACCCGCCGCGUCGUUAUAUCGCAUGUACGAAUAUACCGUGCUGGGUUAUAAUACCGGCCUUCGAACCGAGAUCGAAAGCUUCUUCAACCAUCCAAACUGGCUUGUCGCAGACAUCCCCGACCCUAAGGACCCUGAUCCCGCGCGCUAUGCCAUCCUAGCUGUCCUUCCGCAGUUCCUCGUAGAAGCGUUUAAUCGGCUGAUACGUCGAGGUCUACCAAGGAAUGCGCCUACAAUUAUAGCUGGCGAUGCCCAUGAAGCUGAGCUGAGGGCAAUGCCCAUAGUGUUGGAGAGAAUGCCGCCGUGGGCUGAGAAAGUACCUAAACUAAAGGAGCCUUUGAUUAUUCCGAACAGUGAAGGUGGUACGCCUGAUGAGAAGACUAGGAGUCCGAAGUACUUGAAAAUGAAUCUCAUUAUCGAAGAGCCUUCCGUUUUCUUUGUAUAG